AGAGCGAACUAGAGAGAGAGAGAGAGAGAGAAUUGCGAUUUGGGGGUUUGAAAGAAAGAAAAAUCCAACACAGUUCCAGAAAAGGGGUCGAGUGUGUGAGAUUAGAGAGAGUCAGACGAGUGUGGUUAGAGCUAAAUUUCAGAUUUUUGAGUGUGGUUAGGGUUUCCUCUUUUCCGGUCCUCUCCGACAAAUCUCAUGGAGCGCAAGCUUGUGUUUCUAGGUUCUGGGUAUUCCGUGGGAUGUUGAUACUGAUGGGUUGAGAGAUUAUAUGACCAAAUUUGGUGAAUUGGAGGAUUGUAUUGUUAUGAAGGAGCGGUCAACUGGUCGGUCUCGUGGAUUUGGGUAUGUAACGUUUGCUUCAGAAGAAGAUGCUAAGAAUGCAUUAUCAGGCGAGCACUUUCUCAGGAACAGAAUGUUGGAGGUUAAAGUGGCUACUCCAAAGGAGGAAAUGAGAGCACCUGCAAAGAAAGUUACCCGAAUUUUCGUAGCAAGGAUUCCGCAAUCAGUGGCAAAAGCUACCUUCCAGAGUCAUUUUGAGAAGUAUGGCGAGAUAACUGAUUUAUACAUGCCAAAGGAUCAAGGCUCAACUACACAUCGUGGAAUUGGUUUUAUCACCUUUGCAAAUGCAGAGUCUGUUGAUAAUUUGAUGGCUGAAACUCAUGAGUUGGGAGGUUCAACUGUAGUUGUUGAUCGAGCAACACCUAAGGAAGAUGACUUUAGGCCAAUUGGCAGAAUGGCACAGGGUGGAUAUGGUGCAUACAAUGCAUAUAUUUCCGCUGCAACUAGAUAUGCAGCACUUGGUGCUCCUACCUUAUAUGACCAUCCAGGAACAAUGUAUGGAAAUGGAAGAGGGGAAUCUACUCGAGGAUUGGGAAAGAAGAUCUUUGUUGGCAGGCUUCCGCAGGAGGCAACAAUUGAAGAUCUUCGCCAAUACUUUGGUAGAUUUGGCCGAAUAUUAGAUGUCUAUAUUCCCAGGGACCCCAAGAGAUCUGGCCACAGAGGUUUUGGAUUUGUAACGUUUGCUGAAGAUGGUGUAGCAGAUCGUGUGUCACGAAGGUCUCAUGAAAUAUGUGGACAGCAGGUUGCAAUAGAUACCGCCACACCUGUUGAUGAUGCCGGGACCAGUGGAAAUUUUGUGGUGAAUAGUGCAGAAGCCUUUGGGGGCUAUGGUGGUCCCAUGCGCACCUAUGGAAGGAUGUAUGGAAGUCUUGAUUUUGAUGACUGGGGUUAUGGAAUUGGCAGUGGGAGACCGUCCAGAGCAGAUUGGAGGUACAGGCCAUACUAAGGACCUUUCGGCCCUCUUCUUUUGGCUAUAAAUAAUCCAUACUAACAAUUUAUUACUAUUUUAUCAUAGUUCAAUUUCCUUCCGAACAGUUUUAUGUGUUAUAAUUAAGCGGAAUUUUAGUUGGAAAGGAUUGAUAAUCGAAUCCCGUUAUAGUAGUAGUAGUAGCCUGUGAGCAUUUUCCGGUCAACUGUUACUCGUGGACAGGAAAAUGGCAGGAUUGGUUUGGCUUCUUGGAAAGCCUGGCCAGAUCGAUUGUAGGACACUUGUAAUCAAUUGAAUCUAAGUCAACAUUUACUAAUACCUUUGGACGUUUUACCGCUACGAAAGGUUAAACUAUGGAAUGUAGCA